CGAAAACGGAGAGGCGUGCAAAGGAAAACGACUGUGGGAAACGCUGAAAAAUAAUUUCUCCUACUUCAGUAUUAUAUUAUACUGUGCACGGAAUUUUUCUCGCCGUUUAUCUCAUUUCUCGCGCGUCUUGCUUCUCUAUAGAGAGUCUCCACUGAAAAAAGUUAAUUCGGAACAACGUGCGCGCGGCGCUAUAGCCAAAGUUUUGCAAAAGGACGACUGUGACAAGGGAAGUAGUAACAUUGUGAACUUGGUGCCGAGAAGUGCGCAUUUAUAGAGAAGCCGCUCGAGGCCUGCACAUUUUCAAUGGUCUAAAGUUCGUUAAUUUCAAUAGAUCUGAUUGCGAGUGAAUUUCUACGAAGAACUGAUCUAAUUCUAUACAACGCUGCAGAAACGGCCCAGAGCAAAAGGGAUCGGAACUUCUUCAAAUUUCGCGACUUCGGGAGCGCAACCAUUGCGUCCUUCGUGAGGAUUCGCGCCGAGAAAGUCCAAAUGCGGAGCAAGAAGGAAGAGGCGACGGUGGUGCCACCUGCUGCCGUCGACGACUCGCCUCCUCCGGACUCGCUCGCGCUGCAGGAGUCGCUCGCAAACAAACUGGAAGAAAUGGCAACGAAGAAGAAGCAGGACGAGAAGAACCUAAAGCUGCUGCGGGAGCUGACCUCGAUGGCCUGCAACAAGCACUGCUUCGACUGCCAGCAGCGAGGGCCCACCUACGUGAAUAUGACCAUCGGCUCCUUCGUGUGCACCACUUGUUCUGGCCUCCUUCGAGGCCUGACGCCGCCGCACCGAGUCAAGUCAAUCUCUAUGACUAGUUUCACCGACGAAGAAAUUACGUUGCUCAAAUCGAGAGGAAACGAGUACUGUCGGAGAGUGUGGUUAGGCCUGUACGACCCUGCGCAAGAGACGGACGUGUCGGACGACUGCAGGGUGAAGCAGUUCAUGGUGAACAAGUACGAACGCAAGCGCUACUACCUUGACCCCAGCAAAAUCUCGUUGCCAAAACCAGCGCCGUCACCGCAACUCCCGCUUCCGCAGCAAACAACCACGCCGCUCGCCAAACCUUCGAUGGCCCUGCCAAGGACUGUGCCGCACAUCAGCUCGCCAAACAACAACAUGCUGAUCAAGGCAGACCCUUUUCUGCCACUCAGCAAUGUGCCGCAGCCGCCGCAGGACAAUUUUGCCAACUUUGAUAACGCGCCCAUCUUCAACGCAUUAGUGGCGCAAAACUCAUCUCCCGCCAAAAACCAAUCAAACAAUUACUUUGAGGAUCUCAGUUUUCUCGACCCAGUCUUCACAACUCCGACUCCGUCUGCACAAACUUCUUAUCCGCCCAAUGAUAACAUGUCAUGGUUCAAUCCGUGGCCUAAUAUACCAAACAGCUUUUCAACUCCUCCAAUGACCAUAGUCGGCAAUGGAGGACAAUCUGAGGAUCGUUACGCCGCUCUGAAGGAUUUGGACUCUUUAAUGAAAGGAGCAACAAUUUCAAGCUCUCCGUUUACCAACGGCGGCGGCGGCAGCAUCUUCGACUCGCCAAUGUCGCAAAACCAGUCAACACCCAUGUUCCUUUCUCCAGACUCAACUAUUUCCAGUUCGACAAUUUCCAGUCCGAGCAACCCAUUUGCCGCGGCCAGUUCUCCAUCCCGCAACAACACAAACCCUUGGGGAACGCCGCCAACAUUCUCUCACAACUUUGGCCGCGCCACCAACCCUUUUGAAAGCAUCACCACCUCUCCUGCUCCACCCCCUGCCACCAAUAGCUCAUCGGAACUUAGCUGGAAUGCCAACUUCCAAGACGCUUUCAACGGUGGCAGUGCGUUCAGCAGUCAGGAGAACAACAAGAACACUUGGGGCUUCAUGAGUUCCAACGCCAACAACUUUAACAACUCGAACAAUGGCCUCAACUCUGUCAGCAACGGCUUCAACAAUCCCUUCACUUUGGGAGGAAACACUUCGGCUAUGUCGAGCAACCCUUUCCUCUGAUAUGAAGAUAAAGGGUGUGCUAGUUUGGCAGGUUUAUUGAAGAGUCAGAGAAAGGAUGCAUUUGAACAGUCACAUCUUGCCGCUGUUAGGAGGCGCGGCAUCUUUUGACAAAAAUUACAAAAUCAUUUUCAUUUACAAGCAGAAAUUUAUUAUUUAAGAGUCUCGUUUGAGAAAAAUAUUUCUUUAUCGUUUAUCUGGAUGUUGAUUUAUUCAGCUAAAUUUUAUUUUUAUUUGAAACUUUUGUGCAUCUAAAUUAUUUAAAAAAAUUAUUUUACAAUGUUUGGUUUGAAAGUGUAUUUGUCAAGGGUGUGUUAGAAAGGGUUUGAUUUGGGCACAAGCAAUCUUACCCCGUACUGAGCUUAUUUAAACGAAGUAAGAAAACGCCUUAAACGCAUUGUUAUGAAGCUUGGCUUUCCUGUGUAACUACUAUGCCUUAACUGAUAAUCAUAUAACGCGUUCACUGAAUGAUAUUAGUUUAGAUCACAUCUAGUUGAUGCAACACUGCUAGGAGUUGUGCUUGAAAGAUCUGAUGUAAAUAGGGUAAACAGAAAGAAGAAAUGAACCUCAUCACAUUUAAUUAACUUACCAUUCACUGGGGUGAUCACUGUCAUAGGCUUUCUUUUCAUUGUUCAAUUAAUCAAUUUGUUCGUUCAAACAAGGCUGAAUUCCGAGAUAGCUGGAUUCCAUCCAUUGCUGUGAUAAGUGAAUGAACAAUUUUGUGUAAAAAGACACAUUAAUCAAUCAUAAUAUUUGCUACAACUUCAAGAAAAUCAUAUAUAUACAAAGGAUUAGAAAAGCAGAAACCCCAGGAGAAAUGCUAUUUUAACCAUGGAAUAUAGAAAUUUUGCGAUUGAAUAUCUUGUGUACUGUUCUACAAUAUAAUUAUUUAAAAUACUAUCUUCUGUACCAUAUGUGAUAAAUCCUCAAUAAAACUUAUUUAAAGAAAACAAAUCCGUCUUAAGA